AUGCGAGCGCGCUACCGCGACGCCCUCGACCUGCUCUUCGGCACGCCCCCGCGCGUCCUCAACACCGCCUGCUCCGCCAUCCCAGCGCCCACGUCACUCAUCAAUCAGGAGAACGACCAUCGACCGUCCGAAAAACAAAGCCAACCGAUCACCGCAAAACCCAGAGCCUAUCCAAAGCGAACGCGACAGAGACCUCAUUUCGGACCUGCAUCCCCCGUUCUUCAAAAUGUUAAAGUCGCCAUCCCGAAUGACCAGGUCGUCCCCGAAGGAAUGGUGCGUGUCAACCCUCCCGUGAACAAAGCCACCCCGCCCGUGUGCUCGCAGUCGGAGAGCUGUCGUUGUGGUGAAGACCUGUGGACGGUUGGAGGUGUUGGGCCAGAGCUGAUGUUGCGCACUGCGGAAGAGCUCAGCGCACAAAUAUUCAGGCUCUAUGGCAAGGCUGUCGACCCCGAGACGAGCAACGUCGACUACGCCGCGUUGCAGAGUUGGGAUAAUUUUCACGACUACUUGCGUUCCGCAAGGAAGUUAAGGUACCUCGAUCCCCUACUGCUCUCCGAGCUUGAGCGCAAAGCCUUUUUCCUCAAUAUUUACAACUCGCUCAUGAUUCACGCCAUCGCCGUCAUGUCCAGACCGCGUACUAUGUUUCAGCGUAUUUCUUUAUAUAACACUGCCGCCUACGAUAUCGGAGGCCGUGCGUACACCCUUAACAUGAUUGAGCACGGCGUCCUGCGCUCCAAUCGUCCGGGAAGUGGGCCUUUCGCCCAGCCGCCUUUUACGGACAAUGACGCACGCAAGCUGUGUUCUCUGCAAUCGGUCGAUGCGCGCAUUCACUUCGCCCUUAACUGCGGCGCGAGAAGCUGUCCUGCGGUCAGGUUUUACGCCGCCGAUACCCUCGACCGCACUUUGGAUGCCGCCACUCAUGUAUACUUGCAAGAGAUUGAAGUUGACAGCGAUAAGUGCACUAUUACUUUGCCGAAAUUGUUGCAGUGGUACAAGGCGGACUUCUCCCCGGACGGAGAAUUGGAAUCCGUGAUUCGAUGGACCCUGCCACACUUGGACUCGCAAAAGAGGGACGUAAUCAGCGCCCUCCUGCAAGACAAGAGGCAGCGGUUGGGGGGAUACAAAGUGGUAUACGCUGGGUACGAUUGGACAGUCAAUGACAGUGCAUUGUAGUGCCGAAACGGCACUACAAAUGGCACUUAUGUUUUCUAACAGCUUGGUGGGUAACGAGCUACGCAUCACACAUGCGUCGGACGUGGUUGCUAGUAUUAACUAUUCUGUCUCUACAGAGCCUCAUGAGGACUGGCGAGGUCCUGAAUCUAGGCACUGUAUAGGACAUGACUAAACGAGACGCUAAUGCUGACCUUGAUACGAAUAAACUGAUUCAAUGCUA